AUGACUAUUGCCAAAAGACGACGAAUUCUUAUGGCUGGCAAACCUGUGUUCAAUGGUUUAUUGGAUAGUAUUUCCGGUAUAUCUAUGGCUGACAUCAAUGAUGACAAUAUCGCGGAUGUGAUUGAAUACGACAAACAGGUCUGCGAUGGAAACAACAGGAGUGCAAUGCUUCGGGCAUUUUAUAAGUUACCAAAUACUGUAAAUUCUGUGGCCAUUAAUGACAUCACUAAUCAAGUGAUGGGUUAUUGUUUCAUAUCGGAAACCGCUGGCGAAAAAUCAAUUGUUGCCCCACUUUAUGCCGAAUUACAAUUGUCUGAUUGCGAUGCCGUUCGAGAGAUCUGGCAAUCCGUGGGCUUUGAUAUAUUUAGAUACGCCAAUGAAGUGAUGAUCACAACGGAUCCAAAGGGCAUACUUGUAGCCGAAGACACCACUACUGGUAAAUUACUGGGAGUUUGCAAUGGUGUGAAUCUGUCGCCGGAGUUGGCAUUUGUGGGUCAAUAUGCGGUGCGACCGGAAAAUCAAGGAUGUAAUUUCAAAGCUGUUCCCAAACGAAGACUUCUUCGUAUGAGAGGUAAACCUGUGGUCAACGGUUUGACGGCUAGUAUUGACGGCAUAUGUUUGGUUGACAUGAAUGAUAAAAAUAUCGCGGAUGUGAUUGAAUACGACAAACAGGUCUGCGAUGGACUCGACAGAAGUGCAAUGCUUACAGCGCUUCAUAAAACACCAAAUAUAAUAAAUUCUGUGGCCAUUAAUGAUAGCAAUCAAGUGAUGGGCUAUUGUUUUAUAAGUGAGAGUCUGUUUGGCAAUUCAAUUGUUGCCCCACUUUAUGCCGAUAGUCAACAAAUCGCUGAAUUAUUAGUCGGAAAAUGUUGUAAAUGUUUGUCCGAUAGUAAGACAAAUGACUUAUUGUAUUCGUGUUGGGAUUCAAAUGAUAUGGCGAUAGAAAUCGGCCACAAAUUAGGUAUGCGAGACAUAAGAGAUAUUGCGGUGGGAAUUGAUAUAUUGAAAUACAUCAAUGAAGUGAUGGUCACAACGGAUCCAAAGGGGAUACUUGUAGCCCAAGACACCACUACUGGUAAAUUACUGGGAAUGUGUAAUGGUGUGAAUCUUUCACCGUCAUUGGCACAUGUGGGUCAACUCGCGGUAUUACCGGAAUAUCGGGGCAAAGGCAUCGGUAAAAUCCUACUUGAUAAAUGCCUUGAACAUAUUGGCAACAGAAAUACAUGCCUAUUCUCGGCUAAUCAAACUGUAUUAGAUAUUUACUACAAUCGCUAUAAUUUUAAAAGCGUUCCCAAACGACAACUUUUUCGUAUGAGAGGUAAACCUGUGGUCAACGCUUUGACGGCUAGUAUUUCGGGCAUAAGUUUGGUUGACAUGAAUGACAACAAUAUCGCGGAUGUGAUUGAAUACGACAAACAGGUCUGCGAUGGACUCGACAGGAGUGCAAUGCUUACAGCGCUUCAUAAAACACCAAAUACUAUAAACUCUGUGGCCAUUAAUGAUAGCACUAAUCAAGUGAUGGGUUAUUGUGUUAUCUGCGAAACAUUAAUCAAAGAAAUGAGUUCCAGAAGAAGACAUGUCAUGAAUGAUGACAUUAUGUUAGAUAUAUUCAAGCGAUUGGAUCUCAAAGACUUGUUUUCAUUACAACGAGUGUCACAACAGUUCAGCCGUUGUUCACAACAAGUGCUGAAGAAGACGACAGAAGUGAGCGUUGGGUUCAAUGAUCUGAAGACGAGCUCAAGAAUAAGACGUUUUAAACCGAACUUUGAUGUCAAAGACUGGAACCGCAUUGACAUCACACCAGCGAUCAGUUUCGUUGGUAUUAAUUUGGUUUUGAAUCACAACAGAAACCAAAACAUGGAGUCAAUUGUUAGCCAAUUCCGAGACGUGAAGAAAUUAUAUCUGUCCACAACUGUCAUCAGUUUCAAGACAUUAGAGCUGAUCGUCAAUCAGUGGCCACAUCUCGAAAAGCUCUUAGUCCAUGACAUCAAUAUCUACGACUCGAGUGACAAGACUAUCACCGAAUGGACACAACUUCUCUCUAAAGUAAAACACAUUACUAUCGGAAGUACUGAUAAGAAAUAUGUGUCACUUCUCGCAAAGAUUAUCGCAAACUUGCCAUCACUUCAAAGUGUAAAUGUCUUGGAUUGGAUGUCAUAUUCUUCCGACGAGAUCACACUAUCAGUACUGACUAAUUGUUUGCCGGCAAACAUCCAAUGCCUUAUCAUAGGCAUGACAUCAGAGGACAAUCAGGCACUGGAUGUGAUCACAAGUAAAUGCCAACAAAUUAAGAAACUAUCCAUUUAUGAGUCCUAUAGACCAUUAAAUGUCGCCAAUUUUGAUCUCAGGAAACAAUGGUUAGCAAUGAUCUGCAAUCGUCUCAAUUCACUCACUUAUUUCAAGAUUAUUUUAGCCGACAUUUCCGCCAAAGAAUUUGCCCAAAAUAUUGCAAAACUAAAAGACUUGCAAAUACUUGAGAUCCAAAGUUUCAAUACUUCGCUGUUCGCGAGAAUGUGUUUCGAUACUCAAGAGAUGGCCAAAUAUAUGCCGCCAAUGGUGUCGUUGAAGACACUAUCACUGGAGGAAUGCAAGUGUUCGCCGAAUCGGUGGUCAAAUUUUGUUGACCUCUUCCCGAAUGUCCGCAAAUUGAGUGUCGAUUUAAUCUAUUAUCGCUCGGAAUGUAAACACGGAAACGAUUGCAAUGAAUGUUUCUAUCGGUGUAUGCAUUGGGUGUCAAAAAUGCCGAAAUUGAAACAUAUUAUUAUCAGCACUCCUAUCAAUGGUCGCAUCACAAGAGAUAUACUGGAACUGUUUGCAAGUGUGGAUCAGCUCAACAUUGAUUACUCGAUUGGUGAAGAUAUGAUCGAUGAGUUGAUCCACUUUAUAGUCUUCACACUCAACAAUAGGCGACGAGUAUUCCGAUUGAAUUUGGAGUCUAAUGUCAAGAGUCAAUUGAUCCAAAGAAUGGAAACAAUGGAUAUCCCAAUGAAAGGAUGUGUGAUUUUUGGUCACAAAAAGUUCAAAACAUUAUGUUCACAAAGAAUACAAUUGAAGUUAAAUAUUUAA